AUGGGUGUCUGCAUGAGCUCGGGCACCGACGAUGUCGAGCAGAAGAAGCGCAGCCAGGCCAUCGACCGCAAGCUGGAGGAGGACUCGCGGCGGAUACGGCGAGAAUGCAAGAUCCUGCUGCUGGGCUCCGGCGAGAGCGGCAAGUCGACCAUCGUCAAGCAGAUGAAGAUUAUACACCAGAACGGCUACACGCAGGAGGAGCUGGCCAUGUACCGCCUGACCAUAUACAAGAACGUCAUCGACUGCGCCAAGGCCCUCAUCGGCGCAAUGCGACAAUUCGAGAUCCAGCCAGAGCACCCGGGCAACGACGAGCACUGCACCUACCUGCUCGAGUACACGGUGGACCCAGAUCCAGAGAAGCCCCUCGAUGCGCGCGUCGGGCAGGCCAUCACAGCCGUGUGGAGCGACCCCAGCAUCGGCAAGGUGCUCGAGCACUCGAGCGAGUUCUAUCUGAUGGACUCGGCACCAUAUUUCUUUGACGAGGUAGUGCGAAUAGCAGACCCCGACUACAUCCCCGUAGAAUCCGACGUGUUGCGAGCGCGUACCAAAACAACGGGCAUAUACGAGACACGUUUUAAAAUGGAACAAUUGAGCAUACACAUGUUUGACGUGGGAGGCCAGAGAAGCGAGCGCAAGAAAUGGAUACACUGUUUCGAAAACGUCACAUCAAUCAUUUUCUGCGUGGCAUUGAGCGAAUACGACCAAGUGCUGUUGGAAGAAAGUUCACAAAACCGCAUGAUGGAAAGCUUAGUACUCUUCGACUCGGUGGUGAACAGCCGGUGGUUUAUGAGGACGAGCAUCAUCCUCUUCCUCAACAAAGUCGAUCUGUUCAAGGCAAAGCUUGCGCGAUCACCACUCGGCAACUACUUCCCCGACUACUCAGGAGGCAACGACGUCAACCGCGCCGCGAAAUACCUGCUCUGGAGAUUCAACCAGGUCAAUCGCGCGCAUCUAAACUUAUACCCCCAUCUCACACAAGCCACCGACACAUCCAACAUCCGCCUCGUCUUCGCCGCCGUCAAAGAAACGAUACUGCAAAACGCACUCAAAGACUCUGGCAUAUUAUAG